AUAAUACAUUGUCACGCAUGCGUGUGUUCUGUCUUGGAACAAUCUCAAGGCAGAAGGAGGGUAGAACAAGGAAAUUUAGCAAAAAAGAAUGGCAACCAAAAAUGCACUGGAACAAUUAAAAGAGCUGACAACAGUUGUGGCUGACACAGGGGACUUUCAGGCAAUUGCACAAUUUCAACCAACGGAUGCCACAACAAACCCUUCAUUAAUACUCGCAGCAAGUAAACUUCCUCAAUAUGACCAUUUAAUUGAUGAUGCUAUCAAAUAUGGUCAGGCAAAUGGAAAUGAUAUAAAUGAAAAAGUCACUGCUGCAAUGGACAAACUGUUUGUCUCAUUUGGUUUGGAAAUCCUCAAAGUUGUUCCAGGAAGAGUAUCAACUGAAGUUGAUGCAAGGUUAUCAUUUGAUGUAGAGGGCUCAAUUGAGAAAGCAAAGAAAUUUAUUGCUCUUUAUGAAAAGGCAGGGAUCAGCAAAAAAAGAGUUCUUAUCAAGCUCAGCUCAACUUGGGAGGGGAUUCAGGCAGCCAAGGUGCUUGAAGAGCAAUAUGGAAUCCAUUGUAACCUUACAUUACUAUUUGCUUUUGCACAGGCUGUUGCUUGUGCUGAGGCUGGAGUCACAUUGAUUUCGCCCUUUGUUGGAAGAAUUUAUGACUGGUAUGUGAAAAGCACAGGGACAGAAGAUUUUGAACCACAGGAAGACCCAGGUGUCAAGAGUGUGACAGCCAUUUACAACUAUUACAAAAAAUUUGGGUACAAGACAAUUGUAAUGGGAGCAUCGUUUAGAAACACCUCACAGAUUCUAGCAUUGGCAGGAUGCGACAACUUAACAAUCUCGCCUAAAUUGCUAGAAGAACUCAAACAGUCAAAGGUUAUUGUUCCAAGGAUGCUGAGUGACGAGACUGCUCAGUUGAAAGAAAUACAAAAGGUCCAUCUGGAUGAAAAGUCGUUUAGGUGGUUGUUAAAUGAAGAUGCAAUGGCCACUGAAAAGCUUGCAGAGGGUAUUCGCAAAUUUGCUGAGGAUGCUGUAAAGCUGGAAAAUUUCCUCAAAGAAAAGAUGUUGCAAUAACUCAAGGAACUAUAUUCUUUAUAAAGAGCUACCAACAGUGGGCUUAUUUACAAGUAAUAUCAUCAGUAAUAUUCACUGUUAUAUUAUCUGUAUCUGUAUGUGUGAUGUAUUACUGAUAUUAUGUAUAUUUUUUCAAAACAUG